GCUUCCCCCGCGGACAUGAGCGGAGCCGGGGCGGCCGCGGGGCCGCCGGGAUGGCAGCGGGGCAGCGGGCUGCUGCCGGCCGAGGAUCCGCGCGGCGCCGCACCUGUGGAUUUCCUGCAGGAGCUGCCCAGCUGGUCGGCGCGGCGGCGGCGCGGCGGGACCCGGGAGCGCCGGGCGGCCCCGCACGGACCCGCCGCCACCCAGCCCUGGGCGCUGGAGCAGGAGGGAGGCGAGCUGGCUGCGCGCCCUGCCAGGGAGUACCCGCUGAGCAUCGCGGAGAAGAGGAGAUUAAGGGACUCUCAGCAGGCUGAUAUAAAAUAUUUAUCUAAAUGGAAGAAGUGGAAAAAAGCUAGCAGUAAAUCAUUGAAAAAAGUCCUCAGUGAAGCCAAGGGGUUGUCAUCUUAUUUGGUGCUUUGGCGACGUGAUAUUCACAGCAUUGAAGGGACAUUUGGUACUGGUAUCCAGUCCUACUUCUCCUUCCUGCGUUUUCUGGUCCUGCUGAAUUUUAUAAUUUUUAUCCUAAUGUUCAGUUUUGUUACUCUUCCCACCAUCAUUUCUGACUACGGAAUAUUCAACAGUACCAUUGCUAACAUUUCUCCAAAGAACAUAGAGUAUAACUGCACAAUUUAUGAACCUGGUGGUAAUAAGGGACUUGUUUACUUCUAUACUUACCUCCAAGAUUUGCUCAGUGGCACUGGAUUCCUUGAACUGACAAGAUUGUUCUAUGGCUAUUACGCAGUAGAUGCUGUGUGGAUCAGUGUCAUGAGGUACAACUUGCCCCUGGCAUACCUCCUGGCUACAUUUGCCUACCUUGCAUUAAGUCUCCUCUGGAUAAUAAAAAGGUCUGUGGAAGGAUUUAAGCAGAGCUUAGUGCAUAAUGCAGACCCAUUUCAGACUUACUGUAACAAAGUCUUUGCAGGCUGGGACUUCUGCAUUACAGAUCCAAAUGCAGCUCGGCUGAAACAUCGCAGCUUGCGAUACGAGCUCCAGAUGGACUUGGAGGAAGAAAGACUGAAGCAAAAAAUAGCUGACAGGACAAUAAAAGAAAAGCUACGCAUCUACUCUCUGAGAAUAUUUAUAAAUAUAAUUGUUAUUGCCAUUUUAUCAGGAUGUUUUUAUUCUAUUUAUAGAGUAACUGUCUUCUCUCAAGAAAAGUCCAAUGACAUCAGCAAUACGAACUUCGUGGCUAAUCUCUUAGUGCAGUAUUUGCCUUCAAUAGUGAUCACAUUGGCCAACUUCAUUGGUCCUCAGAUCUUCUCAUUUCUGAUCAGAUUUGAAGAUUUUUUACCAGCCUUUGAGAUCACACUGACACUUGUGAGGUGUGUCUUCCUGCGUUUGGCCAAUAUUGGUGUUCUCUUGUUCUCUCUGUGGAGUCAGAUCUCUGACUGUACUGCUGACAAGUGUGAGCCCUGUGGAUACAAUUACAAACUCUAUCCUUGCUGGGAAUCUGACGUUGGACAAGAAAUGUAUAAACUGAUGAUAUUUGAUUUUAUUAUAAUUCUGGCUGUGACCCUGUUUGUGGACUUUCCUAGAAAGUUGUUAGUUACUCACUGCUCCUGCAAGCCACUUCAGUGGUUUGGAUUGCCGGAAUUUAGAAUUUCUGACAAUGUCCUUGAAAUCAUUUAUGGGCAGACUAUUUGCUGGAUUGGAACCUUCUUUUCACCACUUCUCCCUGCAAUAGCAACUGUUAAAUACUUCAUCAUUUUUUACAUUAAAAAGAUCAGUUUGAUACACACACAGAAACCUGCAGAUAAGCCUAUCAGGGCAUCAAGUUCCAAAUUUUUCUUCCUGGCUGUGCUGUUGAUUGGGCUCCUCUUGGCUUUUAUUCCUGUGGGAGUCAGCAUAGCAAGUAUCCCCUCCUCCAAGGCAUGUGGGCCAUUCAGGAAUUUUAACACUUCGUGGGAAAUUGUUCCAGAUACAAUACGUGGAUUUCCAAAAGGCCUGCAGCAGGUCCUUUUUGGCAUGGCAUCAGAAGCCUUUGCAGUGCCUCUUUUUAUGGUCAUUUGCCUCGUUAUGUUCUAUGUUAUGGCCUUGGCUGGAGCGCACAAACGAGUGGUUGAGCGGCUGGAAGAACAACUGGCUUUGGAGAGUCGUGACAAGAUGUUCCUAAUCAGGAAGAUAACAGAAGCUAAGAGGCAACCUUGAAAACCACGAAAGCCAGAAGAGCUUGACUUCCUGAAACUCCCAGAACCACAAGAUAAGAAUAGAAGCGUCUGCAGCACCAAAAAAUUGAGCAUCUGAUUGGCACCCUGGCACUGCAGACUAUGGAAUGUGGAUGCUUGUGGUCUUAGUCUUGAUUAAGGUAGUAGGGCCUGAAGUUUCCAAAACUGGAAAUUCAGCUAAUUUAUACUGUGUGAGACCUGUUCAAAAGACUGUAUGGCAGGACACUUCAUUGCUGCUAUAGUUUCAGGGUUGUUGGGGUUUGUUAAGUCCCUAUUUUUCCAAGGAGUUUGGGUAAAAUGUGAUCAUAACUGAAACUCUUUUGUACUGUUUUUACAAAUUAUGCUCCAAGAAACUUCUUUUAAAACCAAAGCAAAAGAAAGAUGUAGGCAAGUGUUUUGAAACGGCGCAUAGGAGAAGAAAAUACCACAGAUGGGUUUGAAAUCAGUUUUCUAAAUAUUUUUAGAGAUGAGGUUUUUAUAUUUUUCUUUCGCUCUGAAGUAGCAAGUGUCGUUGAACACUGGAUAAUGUCACAAAAUGACUCAGAGAAAACAAUAACUGUGAUAAAAGACCUCUGAAUAAACACUGGGGUGUAGGAAGAAACAGGCAGCCAGGUCAGCAGGAACAGCCCUGCUCAGGCACCAGCUGCUGUGGAGGGGCAUUUUUUUUCCUUUUUCCUUUUUCCCCUCUUUUUAAUGUUUUAAAGCAUUAUUAUUUGUGUUUUAUUCUUGUGUGAGCAUCUUGACCACUGCUCUUUUUGCUCUAAAAUGUGAAUAUUUAAGAGUUAUCGGUUGGUAACACUGUGUGUCACUGCCCCUUAAUUUAACGUUUCUUCUCACUUAUCUGCAUUUCUGGGGCAGUCCCAGGAGGCUACUAAGAGAUUCCUUUAUGCGAAGAUUUGUGUUAAGGAUUUUCUGUACAGAACUGUGUGUAACUCCUUGAAAUCUGCCCUUUAGUUAAAUGUGAGGCACCAUCACUUUCAUGUAACGCUCCGGGAUGUCUUCUGCCUUCAUUUUAAAGAGAUCAGCGUUCAAUAAAUGCUGUAUUUUUUA